UGGUACCAAGAACCCUAUAUAAACGGAGCCCUCCUCUCUCGUGCCUGGAAACAACCAGGAUCGGUGGGGACAGCUGAAAGCUAGCAAGAAGACUCGUCGCACGAGAUGGAGAAUAACAGCAAAAGUAGCAAGGAUGUCCUGAUGAUAGAGGCACCCCCGGUGAGUCUUUCUCCACUUGGAACUGAGUUCCUGCUCCUGCAGGGUUACACAGCCUCCCCCCGGCUCCCCGGACUACCUUGCAAGAAGCUCUUGAUCGUGGUGGUGGUGGUAGUGGUCAUCGUUUUGGUUGUCCUGGCUUUUGGGCUGAUGGGGCUGCGCAUCACGGAGAAGCACACGGAGACAGUCCUGCAAAUGACCAUCCAAGGCCUGGAUGGGGAGGGCUCCCCACAGCAUCUUUCCAUGAGCAGGAAGGAGAGACUGGCCACCUUCCACGUCAGCAGGGUCAACUCUUCGGCCACCGUGGUGUAUGACUACAGCAACCUCCUGAUUGGCUACAGAUCUUGGCCGGGACAGUCCUGCUACAUCACCAGAAUGAAGAAGGAAAACAUUCAGAGCCUGGAUGCUGCUGUCAAGGUGUUCCAGAACAUCCAGCCCAGGCCUCCGGCGUCAUCCCUCAAAGAGAACGAGGAGGGAACAGACGUGCCACUGGCUGACCGUUCUAUCCUGGGUACCACCAUCAACAUCCUCUGUAGCAGCGUCCCCAUCUACUGGGCUUAGAGGAGGAGAGAUGGGUGAGAGAAGUGAAGACCAAAGACCCAACAGAACAUGCACACCAGCAACAAAAGUCAAACUUCCUGCAACAGGGAUGCUAUGCAAGAGAGAUCCCUGAAAUGGCCCUGUGGGAACCCUCAGCCUUUAGGUAGAGAUCAUAGAAUCGCAGAAUUGGAAGGGACCCAAAGUCUCAUGGAGUCCAACCCCCUGAAAUGAAGGAAUCACAACAGAUGAUAGAUAUAGAUA